GUUGGAAGACUAAGAAGCCACGCAAGUGUCCCCCAUUCGCGAAGGGCUACGCUGAACGUAUCAUCAAGAAACAAGAAUGGGAUUCGUAUGGAUCUUCGCUGUGAUCGCUGUAGCUCUGCUUUCCAUUCUGCAAUCUACUAAAGCAAACGGGGCAUUAGAAAUUCUGCGUCGUGAUCUACCGGAUGCAUUUGAGAUAUAUCGUUAUCUGGAUGACGUCCUAGCCAUUUCUGACGCCGACAACGAUGGAGUUUUCGAGUGCCUGGCGGCGAUACGCACCGACUAUCAAACAGAACCGAAAAUGGCCACAUACCUGUUCUUGUUCAAGGGGCACCACGGCGCAGAGAAAAAAAAUGUCUCUUUCCACAUAACGCCGGGCACAACUCCAGACAAAAUCACCAUCUAUUUAGACAAUGAUACUGAACAGAAAUUCGAAGCCCAAUAUUUAUACACGGAUUAUAAGACCUGCACUAUUGUUAAGGGACCCUACGAAGGAGAAAGGUGCCUACUACUCGUGUCCAGGGACAUGGCAGAAGAUGUACCAGAACACUGCGUUGCAAAUUUUGCAGACAUAUGUGGUGUCGCAGUCAACUUGUACAGCAAAGAGCUGUGUCCGGAUGACGAAUAAUACAUUUCGAGUGCUGCAGCUCAGUUUGGAAGGCUCAGCUCUGAAGUUCGGUUGUUUUAGUUGCACCCUAGUUUCAUUUAAUCACUUCAAUGCAAUUCAAUUCAAUUUUAUUAAAUUUUUUUCACAUAAAAAACUGGAGGAGGCCCGAACAAAAAGUGAAACUUUGUUCAUUUGACGAGCAUACGGGCCCUCCUUACAAGGCAACAGCAGUUUAUUACAGGUUACUUUUCUGAUAAAGAAACACUCAAUAUCCGUAAUCAUAAAUUCACAGAAAAAGCACUAUAAGAGCACAUCAAAAUUAACAAAUAAGAAAUACAAUUGUUCAUGGAUAUACACUACUGAAGGCACACGUAAAACUUUCUUAGUGCUUCCUUACUCGUAUACACAAUAUCUAUUCCAUGUUUGAACUGAUUCUUCAGAAGUUUCGGAAGCCUGUAGCAUAGCAUGUGCUCACCAAUAAAUUAGCCUGUGUAUGGUGUAAUCCAGGUGUCGGUAUUUAGGGAUGGGUAGUGGUGCGUUUUUAUUUUAAGCUCCACUAAUGAACGUAGUGUUCCACCAGAAAAUUUAAUGCUUUGUUUAUAUUUGAGGGCUAAAUUGUAUACAUAGACACUGUGAACGAAAACUGUGAAAAAAACGUGUGAAAAGUGGUGCGGUGUGUGCUUUGUAGUGUUCGCCAGCUACAUGACGGAUGGCUUUCUUUUGUAGAACGUGCAAUAUAUU